UGCGUAAAUUCUGGCAACCCCGAUGACGACAUAUACCACGUCAACUUCAACUGACUGCAACUGUUCAAAAAACCCACACAUCUCUCCCUUUCUUUACGCAAAUUUCGAUUCGUUAAAAGCUGGAAGCCAUGUAAUCGUUCACAGAUAACACGUACUUAAGUCAAUCAUGACCUCAUUGUCAUCAUCAUCAUCUCAGUUAACGGGGUCAAGCUCUUCAUGCAGGACUCUUCCAGGGGAAGGGGCCCAGGUCCACCCCAGAGCUCCUCUGCUGCAGAUCCUGAGAGUAGCAGGUGCUCAGGAGGAGGUGUUUACCCUGAAGGAGGUCAUGCACUACCUGGGGCAGUACAUCAUGAUGAAGGAGCUGUAUGACAAACAGAGACAGCACAUUGUCCACUGUCAAGAUGACCCACUUGGAGAGCUACUGGAAGUGGGGAGCUUUUCUGUUAAGAACCCCAGCCCUGUGUAUGAGAUGUUGAAGAAGAAUUUGUUUAUUUUGAAUAAUUCGGAUGCAGCAAAGAAUCUUUCAGUCGGCAAGGAUUCUAAUGAGUCUCCAAGUGAAGAUCCUGGUCAGGUUUCCAGUGGGUUGAUCAGCUCUGGACAGGCUCUCAUUGCUGGUAGUUCCAGCACUGGUGCAACGCAGAGCUGCUCGCAACGCAGGCCACGCGAUCCUGAUGAAGACUCCUCAGAUGGCUUGCCUAGGUCUGCUUGCAAACGGCCAAAACUGGACGUUACUCUAGAAGAGUGGGACCUUUCUGGGUUGCCCUGGUGGUUUCUUGGUAACCUGCGAAGUAAUUACACUCGCCGGAGCAACGGUUCAACGGAUAUUCACACCAAUCAACUCUCUCCCGGACAGGACGAGGACACGGCCAUUGUUUCUGACACCACAGAUGAUCUUUGGUUCCUGAAUGAGGCAGAGAGCGAGCAAGUUAGUGUGGAGAUGAAGGAGGCAGUGCUGGAGCAGGGUAGUGAUGCGGAGUCCCCACAUGAAGAAGAGGAGACUGGGAAAGAUGGUAAAGAUGUCAGGAAGAUGCAAGAUCAGGAUGAUGACUCUCAGUGUUUAAGUGAUGACACUGAUACGGAGAUCUCCACACAGGAUGCGUGGCAGUGUUCAGAGUGCCGCAAAUUUAACACCCCUCUUCAAAGGUACUGUAUGCGCUGUUGGGCUCUGCGGAAAGACUGGUACAAGGAUUGUCCUCGUCUUGUGCACUCAAUCUCCGUGCCAGACAUCCCUGCCUGCAGUUCACGUCCCGAGAGGGAUGAAGACGAGGAUGAUGAUGGAAUCGACAUGCCUGACUGCGUUAGGACUGUGUCUGACCCCGUCGUCCUCCCCUCACACCACGUCACGAGAAACAUCCCCACAUCAUCCACCUCAUCGUCUAAAGGAAAGGGUCCUUCCCGGGUUCACCAGCACCACUCACAGGAGAGCUCAGAGGGAGACAGCCAGGACACGCUGGACAUGGAGACAGAAUGCCAACCAGAGGCCAUACUGGAACCCUGCAAGCUGUGCCGAGUGCGGCCGCGGAACGGCAACAUCAUCCACGGCCGCACCGCUCACUUGAUCACCUGUUUCCCCUGUGCCCGCAGGCUGCACAAAUUUCAUGCUCCUUGCCCAGGCUGUGGCCAGGUUAUACAGAAGGUCAUUAAAACCUUCAUAGCAUGACCGAAACAUCACAAAGGCACGCAUGUAUUAUAAAGGCACACUCACAUACUAGUUUUAAUAAAUGUUCCCUUAUAUGGAAGGAGGCAGGGUGACUGACAAACCAUUUCUGGGCUAAAAUGAAUGCACGGUGUAUCAGUGUAAUAGUGCAGUGUAUCUAUGUUGAUGAUUUAUGUUGUAUAGUACAAAUCAAGUAUAUAUAAUGUACAGAAUGUAAUUUAAAGAAACUGACCUCG